AUGCACGGGCAUGGCCAUCACACUCAUGCUCAUGACCACGGCUUAGAACAGCGCGAUCCCGACCCUGAUGGCUUCUUCGACUUCAUCCAUAAUACCCAGGACCGGGAUUUUGACAGCGCCUUCAAGGACCCUAUGACGGAGGAUUUUAAACCCACCAAGACCGAGAAGGACGAUCCUACCGCUGGUGUCGGUGCACCUGUGGAGGGCACACGCACCGAGAAAGCAGAGACAGCGGAGCAAACAACUGAAGCCGAUAAAACAACGGAUGAUCAUCCGGCGACCACAAUCAUGGAAACUCAUACAGCCCAUGAGACUACCGCAGAAACUACGUCAGAGACCUCAACAGAGACCAAGACCACCGCUACCGAUUCUGCGACCACGACUACUGAUUCGCAGACUGACUCGCAGACUUCUCACCCGACCACCGCCUUUAUAACUUCGACGUCCUCCGCCACGGACUCGUCGAGCCAAGAUGGAAGCACGUCUCUCCCUACGACGUCCAGCUCAUCGGCCACGAACUCUGCUGCAUCAGCCUCGUCUACUACCACUGGUGCCCCUCAAUCAGAGGGCAUGUCCUCAGGCGCCAAAGCCGGUGUGGCCAUUGGAGUCAUUCUCGGUGUGGGUGUGAUCGCUGCGCUGGUGUUCUUCUUUGUUCGAAGAAGGAAGCGGAACCAGGAAGUGGAAGAAUUGGCGGAUGAGAAGACGUAUGGCAUCCAUAGUCUUGCACCACCUUCGCCUCCGCCUCCGGUCUCGAAGCCCGCGACUUCCUCCGCUCCUCCACAGCUCAACGUCCGCCCCAUCACCCAGUUCGCACCGGAUCUCAGCCGCAGUAGCUUCUUCAACCCGGCUCCAGCCGUUGCUGCUGGUGCAGUGGGUGGUGCUGCCGCUGCCAGUGCAUCUCGUAAUCUAACCGGUGAUUCGCCGCCUCCGACACCUCCCCAGACCAGUGGCAGCGGCCACAACCCAUUCAGUGACCCGGCAAACCCCUUUAACACGGCCACUACACCGGUAGCCGAACAGCCUCCUGCUAGUGUCGAGUCGAGCACUGGGCCAUCUGGAACGACUGUCGCGGCAACGGCUGCUGGUGCUGCGGCUGUCGGAGCCAUUGGAGGUGCCGCUGCAUCAUCUCAGGGUCCCAAGAACGAUCAAUCCAACCCCGGAGAUUCGCGCGCACAAUCCCCCGCUGGAUCAGGUCCGUCUGCGCCAAGUCCUGUUAAUGCUGAUGGUGCCGAAGCUGCACCCGCGGCGGUGGCCGGUGCCGGUGCCGGUGCUGCUGGAGCAACCGCUGGUGCGGCUGGCCUAGCUUCGGACAACGUCCACCGAAUCCAGAUGGAUUUUAAUCCGUCCAUGGAGGACGAAUUAGAGCUUCGCACAGGGUCACUGGUCCGGUUACUGCAUGAAUAUGAUGACGGAUGGGCCCUUUGUACCCGUCUGGAUCGCUCCCAGCAAGGUGUGGCCCCACGAAGCUGCCUGUCCGCACGUCCAGUCAAGCCUCGCACACGUCCACCCCCUGGAGCAGGCCCCGGUCCUCGCGGCCCACCCAUGAUGGGCCCCAACGGCCGCAUGCCGCCCGUGUCCCCAUCAGGCCGAUUCUAUCCGCAAGAACGGCGGCCACAAUCCCCCGGCCCUGGAUACGCCGGAGGCCCCUACCCCAGGCCUCCCUACCCCAGCCAAUCGAUGCCCUCCGCCCACUUCCCGGUUCCCCGCUCGAUGUCACCGGGACCGGGCCCGGGCCCAAAUGGUAAACCCACCGGGCCCAGCCUCCGCAUAGUGUCUCGGUCCAUGAGCCCUGCCCCCUACGGGGCCCCGGACAUGCAGCGACCCGCCAUGCCUAUCAACCAGCAGCAACGCAACAACAGCGCCGGUUCUGUCGCGCCGCCCAACGCCACCGCUGUGCCCAGAUCCAGCCCGUUGGCUGACUCUCCACCUCCGGCUCCUGCUCCGACGACUGAACUCCCCGCCAUCCCGAGUUCGGCCCCGGCGUCUCCGCCCAGCUCACAGAUCUCCCGAAAGCCCGUUCCCAGUCCGAAAUCUUAA